AUGUCGUCGGAAGAAAUUCCAACUCCGGAUCUUUUUCUUAAUAAAUUUGAAGAUGUAUCAUCAUACAAAGAUGCUGCAUGUACAAAUGUAGUGAAAUUAAUUCGUUCGUCAAAUGAUUUAUCACGUGCAAGUGAUCAUGAUUUUCUAAUGAGUUUUGCUCCACUUCGUCGUCGAAUGGAUACAGUUGCUGAAAAAAUUUUACAAAAUAUGUUUUCUAUAUUGAAACAACAAAAUCUACGUUCAGAUUUAGGUACUGUCUCAUGGAAAGAAGCUGAUCAUGAUGAAAAAAUCGAAAAAUUAAUUGAUAUUAAUGAUAUUCUAUUUGAACGAAUUUCUUCUUCUCUUGAUGAAGCAACAGGAUUAAAAAAAAUUAACACGGAAGUUAAAUCACUUCAUCCAACUUCACGUAAUGUUCAUGCAACAUGGAAUAAAGAAAUUGGAUUUGUUUUACAAGAUAAUACUUUAUCAUCGAAACAACAACAAAAACGUUCGUCAAGUACAUUUUCAAUAAAUCAUCAACUAACAAAAAAUAUUCCUAAACCACAACUAAAAUUUUCGGAUAAAGUUGAUAAUAAUCCACAAAAUCCAUUUAUUUCAAAAAUUCGAGAAAAACCAAAUGCUGUUACGCCAUUACCAAUGAUGUUAUCACAAUUAGAUCCUCAUUCAUAUGACGUACUUAUAUUAGACAAACAUCCGGAAAUAUUACUUCAUCCAUAUUUUGAUGAAAUCGAAGCAUUCGAACCGGAUCAAAGUUUAUUAAAAGAAGUUGAACCACAGUUACCAAAACCAAUUGAAGAAACAAAAUGUUUAUUUGUCGAUACAGUUGAUAAACUUAAAAUAAUGAUAGAUCAUAUUGAACUUCAAUCAGAAUUAGCAAUUGAUUUAGAACAUCAUUCAUAUCGUUCAUAUCAAGGUUUUACAUGUUUAAUGCAAAUUUCAUCACGUACAGAAGAUUUUCUAAUUGAUACAAUUGCAUUACGUGAUGCACUCAAUACUUUAAAUAAUGUUUUCACAAAUCCAAAUAUUGUUAAAAUAUUUCAUGGCGCAGAUUCUGAUAUUGAAUGGUUACAAAAAGAUUUUGGCCUCUAUGUUGUCAAUAUGUUUGAUACACAUCAAGCAGCACGAGAACUUAAUUUACCAGCAUUUUCACUUGCUUAUCUAUUAAAAUCUUAUUGUGAUAUAGAUGCAAAUAAACAAUUUCAAUUAGCUGAUUGGAGAAUAAGACCAUUACCAGAAGAAUAUCUUCGUUAUGCUCGUGAAGAUACACAUUAUCUUCUUUAUAUAUACGAUUUAUUACGUAAUCGUUUAGUACAAAAAAAUCCACAAAUUCUUAAAUCAGUUUAUGAAAAAUCGAAAAUGAUUUGUCAAAAACUUUAUAAAAAACCAUAUUUUGAUGAUGAUGCUUAUCGAAAUAUUUAUUUAAAAUCACGUAAAACAUUUAAUAUACGUCAAUUAGCAGCUUUGAAAUCUCUUUAUUAUUGGCGAGAUAGAAUUGCUCGCGAUCAAGAUGAAUCAACUGGAUAUGUAUUACCUAAUCAUAUGCUUCUUCAAAUCUCAGAUAUUCUUCCAAGAGAAUCCCAAGGAGUUCGAGCUUGUUGUAAUCCAGUACCAUUACUGGUUCAACAUCAUUUACAUGAUAUACAUCAGAUUAUAUUAAAAGCUCGAGAUAUACCGUUAAUUGAUGAACCAAAAGAACAGAAAUCAGCACCAUUAACAUUACCUGCAUUAUAUGAUCCAGAAAAUGUUCUUUAUUGUCCACAUGAUACAUCUCAUCAAACAGAACAACAACAACAACAACAGGGAUCAAAUACAGAUUCAACUAAAAAGAUUCUUUCGAAUGAUCUCUCUUCUAUUCUUGAUGAAGCAUUUAUUGAAGAAUCAAAUAAACGUGAUACAUUAAAUAGUUCAUCAUUACCAAUUCAGAUUAAAACCCAACUUUUGCCAAUAUGCAAAUCUCGAUCAAAAAUAUUAACGAACUUUUUUGAUAUGUAUAUGCCUGAAUCGUAUCGAACAGGUGCAUUAAUUAAAACCAAACCAUUAUGGCAAGUUUAUUAUCCUGAUCGAGAUCCAUCAAUUAUUGGAAAAUCUAUUCAACAUGAUAGUACUAAUCAAAAUGGUACAAUUAGUAAAGAAAAAUCUACUGAUGAUAUUGAAUUAAUUAUGCUUAACAAAAACCCAUCAGCUACAAAACGUAAACGAAAAACUGCUAGUGAUGAAAAUAUGAAUAAUAAAACGAAAAAUAAAAAAUAUCGACGUGGUUGUGUUGCUGAUGAAGUACCAUCAACAAUUUUAUUAGAUGAUAAUGAUGAGGAUGAUGAAGAACCAGGAGAAAUUCUCGAUGAUAUCAAUGAAUAUAAACAACAAACAUCAUUUAAACCAUUUAAUUACGAAAUUGAAAUGCUUUCAAACAAAAAAUUCAAACGACCAGCUGAUGAUGAAGAGAUUUACGAACCAAAUCGUCCAAAGAAAUCUUCAAAAGCUAAAACGGCAAAGCGACCUGGUGCUCAACAGACAAAUAAAUCUAUAUCAUAUCCUUUUCCAAAAAAAACAUAG